UUUGCUAAAUUAGCAGAAAUCAACGUCCCCCGUCUUCACCGCCACCCACAGCCUUUCUGUUUCCUUUCCCAUCGCGGUCAUGCUGGCUUUCCAAUCUUCCAUCUGGCAUUUCUGACUCCUCCCUCACCGCAGCUCUGCUGGACACACUGGAGAACCUUGGCACGUACGGGCUGCUGAUCGCUCGUGGUUUUGCUGGGGACCAGAGACAUGGCAACCACAAAUGAAGUCUGGCCUGAGAUCGAGGAAGAGACCACCUUCUACGAUUAUGGGCUCUCCACGCCAUGUGUCAAAGUCGAUGUCCAAGUGCUGGGGACCCAGCUGCUGCCCCCACUCUACGCCCUGGUGUUCGGGGUGGGGCUGCUGGGCAACCUGAUGGUGGUGGUGAUCCUCACAAAAUACAGGCGCCUCUGCAUUCUGACCAACAUCUACCUGCUCAACCUGGCCAUCUGUGACUUGCUCUUCCUCUUCACGCUGCCCUUCUGGAUCCACUACCUGAAGUGGAAUGAGUGGGUUUUUGGCCAUUGGAUGUGCAAGUUGCUCUCGGGGCUUUACUGCAUCGGCUUGUACGGGGAGAUCUUUUUCAUCAUCCUGCUGACCUUAGACCGGUACCUGGCCAUCGUCCACGCCGUGUUUGCCCUGCGAACCCGGACCGUCACUAUUGGCAUCGUAAGCAGUGUCCUGACGUGGGUCCUGGCGGGGCUGGUGGCCCUCCCCGAAUUUAUCUUCCACAAGGCCCAGGAGCAGUCCGGAAUGCUGUUCUGUAGUUCCCUGUACCCCGAGGACGAGGAGGACGCCUGGAAGCGGUUUUAUGCUCUGAGAAUGAACCUCCUGAGCCUGGCUCUGCCCCUGCUCGUUAUGGUUGUCUGCUACUCCGGAAUCAUCAAGACGCUGAUGAGAUGCCCCAGCAGGAAAAAGCACAAGGCCAUCCGGCUCAUUUUUGUCAUCAUGGUGGUCUUUUUCAUUUUCUGGGCGCCCUAUAACCUGGUGGUCCUUCUCUCUGCUUUUCAAGAGAUCUUUGACAUCAGCUGUGCGCGGAGCAACCAGCUGGACAUGGCCUUGCAGGUGACGGAGGUGAUCUCCUACACGCACUGCUGUGUCAACCCCAUCAUCUACGCCUUCGUCGGGGAGAGGUUCCGGCAGCACCUGCGCCACUUCUUCCACAGGCAGGUGGUGGUGCGCCUGGGCAAAUGCCACCUAUUCCUUCCCAGUGAGAAACUGGAAAGAACCAGCUCUGUGUCCCCGUCAACAGGGGAGCAGGAACUCUCUGCUGUAUUUUAGGUCGGAUGCAGGAAGCUGCCUCCAGAAAAUGCGCUGGGCACAUGAAGCAAAUGCAUUGAGCCAAUGACAUCAGUGCUUUGAACACUGACUGAAAAAGCUCUUGAAGACAUUAAAAAUAUAGACACAAUGGUUGUGGUACAUCUUUGCACCAUGAAGUCAUUACCAGAGGCCAAUGGCUGGCCAAUUUACUUCUUGUCAACGCUGAAAAGCAGAGCUUUGCUUGUGAAGAGUUAUCAUACAUUUUAACGCACGUGUUAGAGAGUUAGUAUAUGCAGCUACAAACAGGCAAAGCUUUGUAUAUUUUAAAUCCUCACUUCAGCCAGCUAUUGACAUG